AAGGAGAAGAACAAACUUUCCUCUGAAAAGUGGGAUUUCUGAGAGCAAGAAGAAAAAAAACCUAACGCAACCUUUUAUUCAACACAAAACCCUGACAAACGUGUAUCCUGAGAAGAAGUUGAAAAUCUCAGGGAAAGAGGGGCAAUCAAGACUCCGAUAACGCAUGGGUCAAGCUUUUCGCAAGCUUUUCGAUGCCUUCUUUGGCAACACCGAGAUGAGGGUUGUGAUGCUGGGACUUGAUGCUGCUGGUAAAACUACUAUUUUGUACAAGCUGCAUAUCGGAGAAGUACUAUCUACUGUCCCUACAAUUGGAUUCAACGUGGAGAAAGUUCAGUAUAAGAAUGUGAUAUUUACUGUUUGGGAUGUUGGCGGACAAGAAAAGUUAAGGCCAUUGUGGAGGCAUUAUUUUAACAAUACAGAUGGACUGAUCUAUGUUGUUGAUUCCUUGGACCGAGAGCGGAUCGGAAAAGCAAAGGCAGAAUUUCAGGCCAUCAUCUCGGAUCCUUUCAUGCUCAAUAGCGUCAUCUUGGUGUUUGCAAAUAAGCAGGACAUGAAAGGAGCAAUGUCACCAAUGGAAGUAUGUGAAGGACUAGGUCUGCUUGAUCUCAAGAACAGGAAGUGGCACAUGCAAGGGACGUGCGCGCUGAGGGGAGAUGGACUUUACGAGGGCCUGGACUGGUUAGCUAGCACAUUGAAAGAGAGGAGAGCUGCUGGAUACUCCUCUGUUGGCACCUCAUCAUUCUAAUGGCCCCAGACGUUGCAUCGUUGAUUUUAUCUUACAUUUGCCUUCUUUUGUAGAUGAAGUUAGGCUUUGAGAUUUGUUAAAGCACAGUAGAUAAAAGCUCGUAAAUUCACCCCCGGGCACUUAAUUAUAAUCAGAUCCAUUGGUUUGUCCAAAUCUGAUGAUAAUUUGUGGUGCUUACCACAUGUGACUGAAAUGUAUAUUAUAAUGUUGAUGCAACAAUGUUAAGUGAAUCAAAACAUGUGCUUACGUUUAAA